GAAGUCAAAAUCUGCUGGCGACAACUGUACACGUGCGCAGCCGCCUUGCAGGCUGUAGCGAAACUCAAACUCAACCAACCCAGUGAGGCGGUGCAUUGGUGUGAUCUGUCUUUCAUCAUGGGUGCGCCUGUCCCUGAGGCUGCCAUACAACGGAUCGUACGUGUUGCCGAAAAAGAUCUGUUGCCCAAUCGCAUCCCAGAAUGUCUGUUGACCUCGCACGCGUCUGCGUCAGUGCCAUUGCGAGCGUUGACCUGUCACCAGUGCGCACAGCUGCAGCCAAUCCCACGAGUGACGGCACCCGCACUCAUGGACUUCUUAAAGGAUUAUAUGGACACGCAGACACCCGUCAUCAUCACUGGC